UGGUGGUGGUGGUGGUUGGGGGGAUGGAUCCGGUGCGGCGGCGGCCGCAGCGGCAGGAGCCGGAGCUUGAGCUCGAGCCGCGGCGCUGGCGGAGACGCCGGCUGCUCCUCCCCUCCUCGCCGGUGUCGCCUAGCUCUGGAGAAGACACAGGCCCAGCUGGUCCUUCCUUCAGAUGCUGACACUUGGUGAACAGCUGCUCUUGGUCCCAAGAAGGCAGUGUCUGUCCUCCUGAAUUAGAUCUCUUUUCAUAUGAAUCUUCUAUUUCUAUGUUUUUAUUAAAAAAGAACUUUUGGAAAACAUUUUGGAUUACAACUGUUCAUCCUCAUCUAUGCAAAGAAAGGAAAGCUGUUGCUGGAUUUUGUGGAGUUUCUUCUGAACGGAUUCCUGUGUUCCUCUAAAGUACCUGAAGAGCAGUGAAGGCAAGCAUGAAGCCUCGUCUCACAGCUGCAUGUGUAAUCACUGUUGAAGCAAAUGCCUACCUAAUUUGACAGUCUUGGUGUGUUUAAACAUUUUUGAGUUUGAAAAUAAGCAUACUAAACCCACCGAUGGAGCCUUCAGGCAGUGAGCAGUUGCGUGAGGACCCUGACCCCGGAGGCAGACCCCAGGACGCAGAGGUCAGAAGGCAGGCAGAGUCAGAACAAAAGUUGUCGAAAAUGACCCACAAUGCUUUGGAGAACAUUAAUGUGAUUGGCCAAGGCUUGAAGCAUCUCUUCCAGCACCAGCGCAGGAGGUCGUCAGUGUCUCCACACGAUGUGCAACAGAUUCAGGCAGAGGCAGAAGCUGACGUGGAUCUGGAGAGCCAGAACGCGUGUGCUGAGAUUGAUGGUGUCCCCACCCACCCCACAGCUCUGAAUCGUGUUCUGCAGCAGAUCCGAGUGCCACCCAAGAUGAAGAGAGGGACAAGCUUGCAUAGUAGGCGGGGCAAGCCAGAAGCCCCAAAGGGAAGUCCCCAGAUCAACAGGAAAUCUGGCCUGGAGAUGGCAGCUGUUCCUCAGACAGGCCGACCCAGGUCUUCAUCCACAACCGAUGCGCCUACCAGUUCUGCUAUGAUGGAAAUAGCUUGUGCUGCUGCUGCGUGCCUGCCGGGAGAAGAUGCACCUGCGGAGCGGAUUGAGCGGUUGGAAGUAAGCAGCCUUGCCCAGACUUCCAGUGCGGUGGCCUCCAGCACUGAUGGCAGCAUCCACGCAGACUCUGUGGAUGGCAUCCCGGACCCUCAGCGCACCAAGGCCGCCAUUGCUCACCUGCAGCAGAAGAUUCUGAAGCUGACGGAGCAGAUCAAGAUUGCCCAGACAGCCCGAGAUGACAAUGUGGCGGAGUACUUGAAGCUUGCCAAUAGUGCGGACAAGCAGCAGGCGGCCCGCAUCAAGCAGGUCUUUGAGAAGAAGAACCAGAAAUCUGCCCAGACCAUCCUCCAGCUGCAAAAGAAGCUUGAGCACUAUCACAGGAAGCUGCGUGAGGUGGAGCAGAAUGGGAUCCCCCGGCAGCCAAAGGAUGUCUUCAGGGACAUGCACCAGGGGCUGAAGGAUGUGGGAGCCAAGGUGACGGGCUUCAGCGAAGGUGUGGUCGACAGUGUCAAAGGUGGCUUUUCCAGCUUCUCCCAGGCCACCCAUUCAGCAGCAGGGGCUGUGGUCUCAAAGCCCAGAGAGAUUGCCUCACUGAUCCGGAACAAAUUUGGUAGUGCAGACAAUAUCCCUAACCUGAAGGACUCUUUGGAGGAAGGGCAAGUGGAUGAUGGGAAGGCUUUGGGGGUGAUUUCAAACUUUCAGUCAAGCCCAAAAUAUGGUAGCGAAGAAGACUGUUCUAGUGCCACUUCAGGCUCGGUGGGAGCCAACAGCACCACUGGGGGCAUCGGCGUAGGAGCAUCCAGCUCCAAAACAAAUACCCUGGACAUGCAGAGCUCAGGAUUUGAUGCGCUGCUGCACGAAAUCCAGGAGAUCCGGGAAACCCAGGCCAGACUAGAGGAAUCCUUUGAGACCCUCAAGGAACAUUAUCAGAGGGAUUACUCCUUAAUAAUGCAGACCCUGCAGGAGGAGCGAUACAGAUGUGAACGAUUGGAGGAACAGCUGAAUGACCUAACAGAGCUCCACCAGAAUGAAAUCUUGAACUUGAAACAGGAAUUGGCCAGCAUGGAAGAGAAAAUCGCAUACCAGUCCUAUGAACGGGCCCGGGACAUCCAGGAGGCCCUGGAGGCCUGCCAGACCCGCAUCUCCAAGAUGGAGCUGCAGCAGCAGCAGCAGCAGGUGGUGCAGCUGGAAGGGCUGGAGAACGCCACGGCCCGGAACCUUCUGGGCAAACUCAUCAACAUCCUGCUGGCGGUCAUGGCAGUCCUGCUGGUCUUUGUGUCCACGGUGGCCAACUGCGUGGUCCCCCUCAUGAAGACGCGCAACAGGACGUUCAGCACUUUAUUCCUCGUGGUUUUCAUUGCCUUUCUCUGGAAGCACUGGGACGCCCUCUCUGGCUACGUGGAGCGGUUCUUCUCCCCGAGCUGACCCCGGCGCCCCAGGCCGUGCCCCUCCCCUCUGGCGAGUGCAUGCGGUGGAGAGCUAGCCACUUCCCCACUCUGAAGUUUUCUACAACCACAGAAGAGUUGAGUGAAUCUGUUUACAUUUAGAAUAAUGUUUUUUUUUCUUCAAGAGACACAAUUGCAAUAGUAUUUUUUAGAUUUUAUCCAAGACGUUUUUGGGCAAAAAUCUUGGAUCAUUUUUAUGUAGCAUGAUUUUCCUUGGGAUGCAAAUCUUAAACAGUCCUUUAACAUGAACAACAGCACGGAGAAGGGUUUGAAGGACUGCACUAAACCCACUAACAAAAUGCGAACCUGAUUAGGGCAAAGCAGUUAACCCUAACACCCUACCUGGGCUGGGCUCUCCACCUCUUCCCGGCCCAAACUAACUACUGUGAAAUCCCACCACAUUCCCUGUCUGAAUUGUGGGAUUCAGGGUGGAUUUUCCUCGUCCGUGGAACACAGGAAUCUCCCUGACUUUCUUGUCCAAGUGGACCCUGGAUUUGGAUCCCUUCCGACCGUGCCCCCGCCCCUCGCGCCG